AUGAAGAUGAAGGAGUCAGAAAAUGUAUCUGACUAUAUUACACGUGUACAGACUGUGGCGAAUCAGCUAAAUCGAAAUGGAGAAAUGUUACCCGAGACGUGGGUUGUGGAGAAAAUCUUGAGGUUGUUAACAAGCAACUUCGAGAAUGUCGUAUGUGUCAUAGAAGAGUCGAAGGACCUGACGAAGUUCAUAGUCGAUGAGCUUGCCGGUUCUCUCGAGGCACACGAGCAACGCAAGAAAAAGAAGGAGGAACCACUCGAUCAAGCGCUUCAGACGAAGACAUCAAUAAAAAAUGGAAAAAUACUCUACUCACAUAAUUUUCGAGGUAGAGAUAGUGGAAGUCGCGGGAAUGGUCGAGCUGCUCAAAGCAAGGAUACAAUUCCAACAUCCAAUGCUUUAAAUGUCAAAAAUAUGUGUGGUAGAAUAGGUCACUAUGCUAGAGAUUUUCGAGCCAAAGAGAAGGUGGAAGAAACCAUCAACCUAGCCUUGGAUAACGCAACAAGUGGAGACAUCCUCUUGAUGGCUCAAAACGAAGAGCCGAACACAAAAGGAGACGGUGGCACGAAAGAUGAUGGCGGUAGUCUUGAGGUGGUAGAAACUGUUAGAAAUGAGGUGAUACGCAGCGGAUUUGGUGAAAUCGCGGUAUCAGAGACGAGAAAAUCGAAUAAAGAUGAACAACCAAAGAAUAGAGAGCCCGAGCUCGAAGAGAGAGAGCUCCAAUGGCCAGAAAAGCAACUCGAGGUAGAAAGAAGAAAGAGAAUGAAAAUUGAAGAAGAAAAGAAAAAGCUGGAAACAAAAGUUCAAAUGGAAAAGAAUGAGAAGACAAUCUCCGAUCUCACGAAGAAAGUUGAAGAAGGUGCGGAUAAAGAGAAAGGUCUACUCAUGGAGAUUGAGGGUUUAGUGGACGAGCUAGUAAGGGAGAAAAAAGAUAUAGAGAUAGUGACUCAACAGAGAAACUCACUCGAUAUGAACCUGAAUCAAGUCCAACAGGAGGCGGUGAAUUUACGACACACGAUUGAGACACUCACUCAUGAUAAAACAAAACUGGAGGAAACAAGAAUGCUAGCUGUAAAUGUCACUGUGGACUUACGAAGAGAAUUGAAUAAACUGAACUAA